CCCCCGCGUACUCAGAGGUAAACAAUAAGCUCACAUGUUUAGCCAAUAUGGCUGUUGACAGAAAAGUAUGAUUUUUUUUUACUUGUAAAGUAAAAUAGCAAACAUUAACUUUCUAUUGUCUGUGUGGUCGAAGAGUUUAAGUGUCACACAAUCUAGAAAUAUCAGUUUUCUAGUGUUAACAAAAACCACAAAGCCAGCAGCAAAAUGAGCAAUAUUUACAUUCAAGAGCCACCAACAAACGGAAAGGUCCUGUUGAAGACCACAGCAGGGGACAUUGACAUUGAGUUGUGGUCCAAGGAGGCCCCUAAAGCAUGCAGGAACUUUGUACAGCUGUCCAUGGAAGGGUACUAUGAUGGCACAAUAUUCCACAGAGUGGUGCCCGAGUUCAUAGUUCAAGGCGGAGAUCCCGCUGGAACAGGGGAAGGUGGAGAGUCCAUCUAUGGCCGGCCAUUCAAGGAUGAAUUUCACUCCAGAUUGCGCUUCAACCGAAGAGGGUUGGUUGCCAUGGCAAAUGCUGGACCACAUGAUAAUGGCAGUCAGUUUUUCUUCACCCUGGCACGUGCAGAUGAGCUCAACAAUAAACACACCAUAUUCGGCAAGGUCACAGGAGACACUGUUUAUAACAUGCUGAGACUAGCAGAUGUUGCAUGUGACAAUGAUGAAAGGCCUCUGAAUCCCCACAAGAUAAAAACAGCUGAGGUGCUUCACUGUCCUUUUGAUGACGUCAUACCUCGUGAGAUAAAGAAAGGCAAAAAGGAAAAAGACAAGGAGGAGAGAAAGAAAUCGCAGUCAAAAGCCACAAAGAACUUCAGCCUGUUAUCGUUUGGGGAGGAAGCUGAAGAAGAUGAGGAGAUGGUGAAUCAAGUCAGCCAGACACUAAAGGGAAAAAGCAAAAGCAGCCAUGACCUUCUGAAAGAUGAUCCCAGGCUGAGCUCUGUUCCUGCGGUUGAUAAGAAGAGAAACAAAGGGGCAUCAGGAGAUGCAGCUGAGACAGAUGAAGAGGCCGAUGAUGAUGUGGAAGAUGACAUGGAUACAGAUGAAGAGUGCGAUUCAGAUGAGAAAGAGAAGAUGAGAGAUCUUAUCAUUAAGAAGUUGAAGAAAGAAAAAGGUGUGGAGAAAACGACAGAACCCAGCGAGGAAGAGCGAGGGAAGAAAAGCAGCCGCAGUGAUGAAUUACGGAGAGAGGCGCGGCAGCUGAAGAAGGAACUCCAGGCCAUAAAGCAAAGGAAAGAAGAAAGUUCAAAGUCAGCAGUAGAUGAAGUCAAGGAAGUGGAUAAAAAACCAACCAGUGAGGCGGUAGCUGAGUAUCUGGAGGGAAGAAAGAAGUACGAAGAACUCAAGAAACAAAAGUCUAAGAAAGGCUCAGGCAGAGAAGAACAGACGCUAACCCUCCUCAAUCGCUUCAAGUCUAAGCUGUCGUCGGCCAUCACCGAAGCUCCAGAGGAGGAAGAGGAGGACGUUGAGGAGCUGGCAGAAGAUGACGACAAAGGAUGGAUGGCCCAUGUUCUGCAGUUUGAUGAGCAAACCAGAAAAGUCAAGGAUGCCACAAUGCAGGAUGAGGACACUUUUGAAAUCUACGACCCACGCAACCCCGUCAAUAAGCGAAGGAGAGAGGAGAGCAAGAAGAUCAUGAAGGAAAAGAAGGCAAAGAGAUGAGGUCCAAGGUCAGCUCCUGUCCAGGUCGUGUGAUUGAAGACCUGGUCACACGGCUUCCUGACACUUCUCCACCACAACAGUCUCCUGACUUGAACAUCUGGAAUGACGACGCUGAUGUGGGGUGAAUCCCUCUCAUCUGUGAUGGCAAGGCUUCUUCGCCAGGAUAGCGCAUCUAUCCAUCCAUUCAGCCAUCAGGAUUAAGACUGUGGUUGCAGUAACGAUCAAGGUCAUGAUGUGAUUGUGUUCAAUUUUAACUUUUUUGCCUGUUUACAUCCUUCUUUUUCUGUGUAUGUUGUGUAGAUCUCCAUGUACUUUAAUGUGAGUGUUUGCCAGAAAGUUAAAUUACAUUUGUUAAGAAGCUUUAAUGAUUUGACUUGUAAUUUUAAAUAAAUGUACCACUCAGUUGCCAGUUUAUUAAGUACA